UAUGCUAGCGCGAUCACUCCCGAAUGGUCAUUAGAACCGUCAUUGCGUAGUUAUUCUGCGCACGUCUCUGCUUAACUGUCAUGCGUUCACGUUUGCAACAGAUUAUGUGCCAUUUCAUUGUUCCUUGUUAUGUACUCCUUUACCACACAUUUGUUCAAUUUUGCGGAUAGAAUUAUUCUGUCUCGGUGGCUCGAUGGAGUCCGCCAUUGGCCAUUUCUGCGCAGUGCAUAUACGUCAUUUUUCGUCCUUUUUUUUCACUCAUUUUCACCCUUUUUUCAUCCCCCUUCUGCCCCCUCGAAGGUACAAUGGAGACAUGUACUGCUACGAUUACAUCGUGGAAUGGAUAGAGGCACAUCACUACUUCACCCGAGCGGUCAUGUUAGCAAAAAAAUUAUUUCAGUGGAGGAAAAAGUAAUCACGAAUUAUCGCGCUGAUUAUUGGUUAGCCUUUUUUUUUUUAUUUUAUUUUGUAUACGCGCGUUAUUCAGUUUGUCAUUAGCGUUUUGAAGGCUGUGCUAACUGCAUACUGUGCUACUGCGUACCCCAUGUGUCCAUUUGUACAUCUCCUUGCCUUGCAAAAUUAACGGAAAAAAGGGAACCCCCCCUCAUUUUCUUCAUUUCGGUCAACUUUCACAUUUUUUAAAAACAGACAUUCGUUUGAACGUCGCGAGUGGGCAACCCCCCUUCCGUUUUUAUAUUUUUUUUUUUCGCAGCAUGGAUGGGGAUGUCUAUACGCGCACAUGCGAACGUGCAAACGUGCAGACAUAUAAACACAAGUUCGCGUGAUCAUAUGCGAACGCGCACAUGCACCAAGACGAACACGUCCAUUUGCAUAUGCGCAUUCGUACGAAUACGCGUAUAGCCUUCCUUUUUGCGGGACGAAAUUCCCGCGGCCUACCGCCAAACUUUUUACCUUCAAAACUCGUUCAUGCAGAUUUGUGCAUGGAGAUGUACACAUGAGCAUACCCGCGCAAAGCGCAGUGUUGUCGACAACGAUUUAAACACUCGCGUUAAAUACGCCAAAAUUUUUCAGUUUGAAAUGUGUGGGAAACAAAUCACAAAUGCCAAAUGACACACUUUCGCGCCGUACAUGUGCAGGUGAAUUGAACUACAUUAUGCGCACAUGUGUGUAGGUUUACGCGUCACGAAACCAUUUUUCGCCGUUUCCCUUUUAAUGAGCAAUCCUCAGCUGAACUGUUCGAUGACUCCUAACAGAAUAACGCGACAAUGUGCAAAGCAUUUUAAUAAAUGACCGAGGACAGAAGAAACACCCGCCAAAGAAAAAAAAAAAAAAAAAAAAUUGAGAAUGAGAAUGAUAAUAUUUUAUUUGGCUAUUCUGUGCUAUGUUAGCUCCGCUGCAGAUUCUCAAACGAAAUCGAACCAGAAUUAUCUUUUAAAAAAUCACGAGCCAUCCAAAAUAUCAAGGAAAAAGGCAAGAAAAUAUGAUAAGCAUGGUUUAACUAAUUUUACAGACUUCUCUUUCGUGUCGCAAGCGGAAGCAAGUGAUAGCGAAGCGCAUGCAGGAAAGGAAGGCAAAAAAGAGGAGAAGGAUAAAAAAAACGACACGGGGAAAGAUGAUUGGAAGGGGAAACAUGAGGAACAUGCAAUGCACGAGGGGGAGGUAAAACAUGCGGUGCAGGAAACACAUGGUGAAAAAAAACCAUCAAAUGAGGAGAAGAACAAAAAGGAAAGCAAAGAUGACGCAGAGGACGACGAUAAUGUGGACGAGGGUGAUGAAGGUGACAACGAUGGCGAAGACGACGACGAAGAUGGGGAACCCAAAAUCAAUUCCAAAAAAAAAGGAAAUUUAAAGGAAGAUAAAAAGGGAGGAGAUAACAAAGAAAAGAAAAAAAAAACAAAAGGAGAUUUCGAUGAUGACGAAAAUUCUGAGGAAGAUGAAGAUGAUGAGAAUGAAGAUGAGGCGGAUGGGGAGGACGAAGACGAGGAGGAAGAAAUGGGAAAGAAGCCAUCAAACAAAAAAGACAUUGAGAAACAACAAAAGGGGAGCGACAAAAAUGAUGAGAAAGGUAAAAAAGAAAUAAAGGUCCACGGAGGGGAUGAGCACAAGCAUGAAGAGCAUCACGAGGUGCACACUGCAGGGAAGCACCAGGGGGACAACCACGUCCAAGCUCACGCCCAAAAAACGCAUAACGCAGCUGAAAAACAACAGAGCGGUAAAGAAGCUAAUAACAAUCAAGCUGCACAUAACCCAGAAGUAAAAACGAGCGUGCCAAUAUUAAGUAACAUUGAACAGAGGCAGCCUACAAGCCCUCCCCUCUCCAACGUGGCGCAGAAUGCAAUUCCAGCUUUAAGCGCGUUCAUUCCGAAGAGAGAGGAUCCCAUUGUCCCACACAACAAUAACGUCAAAAUAAACGAAGAUAUACACAUCCCCGAUGAUAUUAAAAAAGAUUUCAUGAAACUGCUAAGAAGCGUCGUUCAACUUAACGUUAAGGAAGCCCUGCACCAGGGGAACAGUCAUCACCCACAUGGAGAUCAGCAGAAAAACUCCUCAGGCAUGCCACCAACGCAUAUGAAUGCUCCCCCUGGGAAUGGAACAAACAACACAUCAUUUUUAAACAGAUUGAUGGAUCAUUUUAAGAAAUAUCUGCUGUACUACUUAGGAGGCCUCGUGGUUUUUUCUGCUUUUGCAUUGGCUAUGCAAUGUUCAGACGUAAGCGACAAAAAGAGAAAGAAUCCUGCCAAAAGGGACAGAAGCAAAAUUACCAAUUAUCGAAGAGACAUCGAAAGCUGAGGGGGGAGGCACGUUCAAUCGCGUCUGCCGCUGCAUGUGCAUGUGCACGCGAUUUCGUGUGACAGCGUACAUAAUUACACCCGCACGCACACAUAUAUGUAUGCAUGUCCCUAUUUUUUAUUUUCAGUAGAAUGAAUCGUAGCAGAAAAGUGUAGAGAAGUUCCCCCCUCGGGUUUCUAAAUCGCUAGGCUUUUUUUGUCAUUUUUUUGUUAUUUUUUUGUUAUUUUUUUGGUAUUUUUUGGUAUUUUUUUGUUAUUUUGAUUGCUAUUUUUUUGCUAUUUUUUUGUAUUUUUUUGCUUUCGCGUGCAUAUCUGCUUGUUCCUUUUUCACGUAGACACAUAAUUAAGUAACAUUUUUUGUUCCCAAUUUAAGCCCCCUUUCCGUUGUUU